CACACUGUAUACUAAGGAUACCAAUGAGUUGUCUAUGGAUUACGAAAAGUUGCAAAAAAUGCCAUUUUUGGACGCGUUUAUCAAAGAAGUGAUGCGAGUUAACUGUUCGGUCACCCGAGUCGACAGAAUGCUUACGAAAGACACGUAUUUAGAGGGCAUUUAUCUGCCAAAAGGCACGUCUAUUGUUAUACCCAUUUGGGCACUGCAUUUAGACCCUGAUAAUUUUGCCGACCCCUAUGAGUUUAAACCGGAAAGGUUCCUAUCGGAAAAUCUACAUGAUAUCAAACCGUAUACAUACCUACCCUUCUCUACCGGUCCGCGCAAUUGCAUUGGUAUGCGAUUCGCUUUAUUAGAGCUCAAGUAUACGUUAGUUAAGCUGUUGUGUAGGUAUGAGUUUGUGCCAUGCAAUGAGACCAAGGAAAUGGACUAUUAUAAUUCAUUGGUACAAAUAGCCAGUGUUAGACGCAUGUUGGUUAAGAUUAAACACCGUGAUGGCAUUAUUAAUAACCUUUAA